AUGAUGGCUCUGAAAUCACUCGCCACAUUUAGUCUCUUCCUCCCGUCAUUAGCUGCUCCUGCCCAUUCUAAUUUGCCUUUGCUCAAUUAUACACAAAGUCCUGAAUCUGGGGAUCUAAUUCACUCGCUCUCCCUUCCCGGGUUCCGGUUCCGUCGUGUGAAGCCGCUUACAUCUAUCCCCGUCGAGAGAAAGGUCCAAAACUAUAUAGACUUGAGACGCGUUCCCCACGACGUACGCAAACCACGCCGCUCCGCAGCGGCCUUGUUCGGUCAAAUCCAACGUGGUAGCGGCGGCACCGGGUACGAAAAUGUCACAGCUAUUAAUCACUAUGCCGCCGAGUACGCUGUACAAGCCUCCUUGAAUGGACGGCAAAUGGAACUUGUCAUAGAUUCUGGAUCUGCAGAUACCUGGGUUGUAGGAUCUAACUUCAGCUGUAAGGGGAUCUUCAAUGAGACCCUCUCCGAUGAUUUCUGCUCCCUUGGCCCUGCUUUCUCAGGAAACUUUACUGGGGGGCCUCUACCCAAUCUGCACUUUGCCAUUAAGUACGGGGACGGCGAAGGCGUACAGGGUCUGAUGGGACAAGUGGAUGUCGAAUUUGCGGGAGUAACGGUAUUCGACCAAGAAAUUGCCAUUGCCAGCCAAGGCACAUGGCGCGGUAACAACGUCACUUCUGGCAUCCUCGGGCUCGCUUACCCUUCACUUACUAACGCCUACUGGGGAGACGACAUUUACGACACUACUCCCCUUCUCUGUGUUCCCUAUUCUCCCCUUUUCACUUCAAUGGUUUCUGACGGGUUGGUCGAGCCGUAUUGGGCUAUUGCUUUGGCUAGGAACUCGUCUCUUGGUUCCGCGGAUGUUAUCGACCGGGAUAGCACAUCUUGGAGGCCAUCCUUCUAUACAAUAGUCCCGACAGCUUUUAAAUCCGGAGGAACAACAACAGCCGGGCAUUAUCCAUUCAUAUUAGACACUGCUACAUCAUUGAUUUACCUCCCUCCAGACAUAGCUGAGAUGGUGAAUGGGAAAUUCGAUCCGCCUGCUUCGUAUCUGUGGAACUACGGCGCGUAUUUCACAAGCUGCGACGCCAUCCCGCCAAGUUUUGGUGUCCAGAUCGGAAAGACGACGUACUGGGUCAAUCCUAAGGAUUUACUAAACAAAGAAGAGAGGGAUCCUGAGACCAACCUCUGUCAAACUGGAAUAAGCAGCGGAGGUAAUGGACCUUAUAUCUUGGGAAUUACAUUUUUGACCAAUGUUGUCGCGAUGAUGAAUAUCGGAUCUGGCAACGUCGAGCUCUGGAGCCACCAGUUUUACUGAUGUUCAGAGGAGACAACUCUUACCUAUUGGAAAAAGAGGAAUGUUAGGUACCUACUAAGCAUGCGGUGGCAUGUUUGCAAGGUUUUAUCUAGACUGGCAAUCAAAGUAUUGGCCCUUCCUCCAUGCUAAGAAACCAACCCAAGCCACUUCCUACAUUUCAUCUUGCGCUUGAUAUUUGAAGAUGUUAUUUUCAUUUCGAAUGAUAUAUGAAUACCUACCUACCUUACCUAAAGUUAUAAGUAAUGAGGAAAUAGGGCGACACACUUCGUAAUUGAAAGUGCGAUUAUUUUUAAGGGGAAGGGGGGCUUGUCAUAGGUAAUAGAGAUAGGGGGUCCCGGUAGCCCGGUAGGUCUACACAAGAUCUCCCGGCAUCCCUGUCGGCUCCUCCAGAUCUACUUGACUCGGGUUGCUCCGCUAGUCUGUCUAAGCAGCGCCCGCGGUGCACGUGGUAUCGUGAGUUAUGCGCGCUAUCAUUGCCAAUAGGGACUGGACUGUCAUCUCUGUGUCGGAAUACCUUAGGUAGGUAGGUACCUACUUAGUCUUUAUUUUCUAUUCGAUUCCGGACAAU